AUGUUAAGACCAGGACUGAAAACUGGCUCUUACACCCCGAUUAUUGCUCAACAGACAACCUUGGGUUGGAUUUUUAAUGGCUCUACUAAGACCAUUCCGUCUAAUGAGGCUGCAAUUCCAUCUCAUUCUGUCAUCAGCCUGCCCUGUAUAAUUCAAAAUAAUCUACCCCAGCUGCUACAACGAUUUUGGGAACAAGAAGAGGUCUCGCCCUCUUGCUCAUUCUUCUUAACAGAAGAAGAGCAGGAUUGUGAGAAAAUAUUUACCGAUACCCAUUCACGCACAGAGACAGGAAGGUAUAUGGUUCGCCUGCCAUUUAAAGGCAACCCUGAGUCUCUGGGUGACUCCCGAACGCAAGCCCUACGUACACUCAAAGGCAUGGAGCGAAAGUUUGAGCGAAAUCCCUUGUUGUAUGAUGCUUAUAAUAAAUUUUUUGUCCAGUAUUCCGACCUUAAACACAUGGAGCCUGCUCCUGCCCUCCUUGAAACAGAUUGCUAUUACCUGCCACUUCAUGGAGUCUUUAAAGAAAGUAGCACGACCACCAAGUUACGUGUAGUCUAUAAUGGUUCUCAACGUUCUUCAACGGGAGUCUCAUUGAAUGAGCUCCUACACACAGGGCAGAAACUCCAAAUUGACAUGUCAGAAAUUCUUCUGCGCUGGCACAUCCCUCAUACAUUUAAACUCUCAACUGUCACCUAUGGGUUGGCUAGUUCGCCUUAUUUGGCCAUUCGUGUCCUCAAGCAACUAGCAAAAGAUAAAGCUGUCCGUUUUCCAAAAGCGACACCGAGGCUGCUAGAGCAGAUAUAUGUAGACGACCUUUUUGAUGGUUCCGAUUACAUUGAUUCCGCUCUUGAGUUACAAAAGGAGUACAUUGAUCUGCUCAUGGCGGGCGGACUUCCACUCCGCAAAUGGACUUCCAAUAACUUGUCUCUAUUAGAUCAUCUCCCCACAGAUUGGGUAGAAUCUUCACAAACACUGAGUUGGAAGUCCGAGGAAGAGUAUAUUCUAAUAGGAUUGCAUUGGAAACCCGUGUCUGAUACCUUCGUCUUUCGCUCAACUUUGCCCGACUUACCUGAGGCUAGUUGUAAACGAAGUGUACUUUCGAGCAUAUCGAAACUAUACGAUCCCUUGGGUUGGAUAGCGCCUUUCACGAUAGUCUACAAGGUCUUCAUGAGGACCUUGUGGGAGGAGGGAAUAGAUUGGGAUACCACCCUACCAUCUCAACUUCUUAAGAAAUAG